AUGACUUCGUGGACACUAGAAGGACUCGAGGAACGAAUUAAGGCGCAAAGUGAUUUUAUAGAUACCUUCAUAAGUUUAAUACCUCCAAAACCUUACUUUAAAAAUGACCCAAGUAAAACCGAAUAUGAAAACGAACAAGUUCAGUAUAAUAAAAAGAGAGUUCAUUUGCAGUUACUUCAAGAACAGCAAAAAGCCGCGAAGAAACAAAAGUUUGAUCCUGUCAAUUUAAAAACCAUACCAGAUAUUCAACGAGAGCGAUUAAGUGAACACAAGGAAAAAAAGAAAUCGGAUGUGGAUAAUGUGUCAGUAAAUGCAGAUGAAAUCAAAUUGGAAACCGACGAUUCUCCACGUUUGACGAUUACUGACAGACUUGCUAGAUUACGCGUUGCGAAACAGAAAACAGACACUGAUGUCGAAAAAAUUAGUCGAGAGGAAAGAAAUAGAAGCAAGGAAGAGAGGAAAAAAAGAAAGACGAAGAAACAAAAAGAGCCAAAGGGCGAUGACAGAAAAGUAUCAUUGAACGAGAAAUCUUUAGAAAAUGACGACUCUGAGGAUCAGGAUCCAGGCGAAGCAUCUGGAAACAUGCAAUUUACGAAAUUUGAUUUUGGUGAAAAAAAGAAAACAAAGAAGAUUGAUAACGUCCACCUCAUGAAUAAGCUUCAAAAUCGCGCAGAAAAGAUUGAGAAAAUAAAGAAAGAAGAACCUGAAAAGGCGAUACAACUUCGUGAAAAGGAUGAAUGGACAAAAGCUCUGAGAAAGGUACAAGGUGAAAAAAUAAAGGACGAUCCACACUUAUUGAAGAAAACAAUAAAGAAAAAUGCAUCAAAAAAGAAGAGUAGCGAAAAAGCAUGGAAAGAACGGACUCGAGAAGUUGAGAAAAAGAUGGAGGAAAGACAACGGGAAAGGACAAAGAAUAUACAAGAAAGGAUUGAUGCGAAAAAAAAUAAGAAAAGGGGGAAAAAGGCUCGGG